UUAUCCAAGCCGCUGGGGUUGAGUAUAAAUAGAGAGAGGAGUCCUCCAAUGGUGGCCAGUGUCGUGUCAUUGGCUUCUUCCUUCAUCGCAGUCGCUUCACCUUCGUACUCGUCUUCCUUUGUUCUAACCAAACUCAGGUCCUCGCCCAGUCUCCGUCUCUCUUUCACAGUAUCUUCGCCCUUUUCUUCUCGCGGCAGAGGUGGGAGCCACAUGGCCCACACUAUCGCUCGCGCCACUCUCGGCCUCACUCAGAUUUCUCCGGCUUUUGAAGCUCCCGAGCUCACUUUCGCGUCGAAAGAGAUUGAUGUGACCGAAUGGAAGGGGGACCUGCUAGCUGUGGGCGUUACGGAGAAGGAUUUGGCCAAGGAUCAGAACUCGAAGUUCGAGAAUCCGAUUUUGAAGAAGCUGGAUUCGCAUUUGGGUGGUGUUUUGGCUGAGGUUUCGACUGAGGAGGACUUCACAGGGAAGUCUGGACAGUCUACGGUUGUUAGGCUUCCUGGUGUUGGAUCUAAGAGGGUGGGUUUGUUUGGGCUUGGGCAAACUGCCACGUCUACUGCAGCUUUCAAGGGCCUUGGGGAGGCAGCGGCGGUGGCAGCAAAGAGUGCGCAAGCUAGUGAUAUUGCUAUUGUGCUUGCUUCAUCGGAGGGGCUUUCUGCGAAAGCUUGCACAGCUUCUGCAAUAGCAUCUGGAGCUGCUCUGGGGAUAUAUGAAGACAAUAGGUAUAAAUCUGAGUCUAAGAAACCAGCUCUCAAGUCUGUGGACAUUCUUGGUCUUGGAACUGGACCUGAACUUGAGAAGAAGCUCAAGUAUGCUCAAGAUGUUGCUUCAGGAAUAAUAUUUGGGAAAGAGCUCGUGAAUUCACCUGCCAAUGUUCUGACACCCGGGAAACUAGCAGAAGAGGCCUCAAAUAUCGCUUCCUUAUACAGUGAUGUUUUAUCUGCAAAGAUAUUAAAUGAAGAGCAAUGCAAAGAUCUGAAAAUGGGUUCCUAUUUGGCUGUGGCUGCAGCCUCAGAAAAUCCUCCACACUUUAUUCAUCUGACCUACAAACCCCCUGGUGGACCUGCAAAGCUCAAGUUGGCGUUGGUGGGUAAAGGCUUGACUUUUGACAGUGGUGGCUACAACAUCAAGACAGGGCCUGGUUGUUCAAUUGAGCUUAUGAAGUUUGAUAUGGGAGGUUCAGCAGCUGUAUUAGGUGCAGCAAAAGCCAUUGGUCAAAUCAAACCAUCUGGUGUAGAGGUUCAUUUCAUUGUCGCAGCUUGUGAGAAUAUGAUAAGUGGAACAGGUAUGAGGCCUGGAGACAUUGUGACAGCUUCCAAUGGAAAAACCAUUGAGGUUAAUAACACUGAUGCUGAAGGAAGACUGACUUUGGCAGAUGCGUUGGUAUAUGCUUGUAACCAAGGUGUUGACAAGAUUGUUGAUCUGGCGACCUUGACUGGUGCCUGCAUAGUCGCCCUUGGACCCUCUAUAGCAGGUGUCUUCACACCCAGUGAUGACCUCGCAAAGGAGGUAUUUGCAGCCUCAGAGAUAAGUGGAGAAAAAUUUUGGAGGAUGCCAAUGGAGGAGAGUUAUUGGGAAUCAAUGAAAUCAGGAGUAGCUGAUAUGGUUAACACUGGUGGUCGUCAAGGUGGUGCUAUUAGUGCUGCUCUCUUCUUGAAACAGUUUGUUGAUGAAAAGGUUCAGUGGAUGCAUAUUGACAUGGCUGGUCCUGUUUGGAGUGAUAAGAAACGCACUGCGACAGGGUUUGCUGUUUCUACCCUAGUGGAGUGGGUUUUGAAGAACUCCUCUUAGGUGCCGCAGAAGUAUUGAAGAACACCAUCUGCAUGAGCUUAUACAGUGAAGAGAAAACAGAUGCGAUCUCUGAUGGGGUUGCAAGGCGCAACUUAAUUUAUGAAUAAAAUGUGCAGUAAAAGAAGAUGGUUAAAGGUCAAGGCAUAGUCCUUAUUUAUGCUUCUCUGUGAUGAGUCAACUAUUUUAUAUCUAUUUGGAAAAUGGAUUUUUUCUUCA